AUGCCCAGGCAGGAAGCUUGGUUAUCAUGGAAGGAUUUAUUUGACUAAGAUUCUUUUGUGACAGUCCAUAAUGAACCUCAAAGGCCAGUUGCUGCAACUCCUACACAAGGAACAUCCAUUACAUAGAGACAUUUUUGUCUAAAAAUAGCAUAAAAUGUUUCUGCGUCAUUCUUGCCAGAUUUUCCUUUUGUGGACUAUCUUCUUGAUGCAAGAUGUUCUUGGUUUUUGUGAACGACCAGCCUGGACAAGAGUUGCUUGGGAAAUGACUCCACAGGAUCUGGAAUUGGUGACUAAAGAGCAAUCUAUCCUCUUUCAUAACUCAAUAUGUCGCAUUUACCAGUGUUUUACUGGCAUAGGACUAUCUAAAGGGUGCCUAGAAGUAGUUUAUGCUAGUUACAAAGUGGCACUUGUCAUAGCUAUAGGUUUAGCUGUACACUUCCUUUUACCCAAACUGAAACUGACAAAAAGCCCAAAGUCAGAAAACCCGACAACAGCAGUAUCAGUUGUCACAGAAAUGAAUGAUGACUAUAGCCACGACAUGAACAAAAUGCUCUACAAGUUAGUGACUAACACUUCCAAGAUGAUGAAAUACAUGAAGCGUGUCACCCAUCAUCACAAAAAAGAAAUCAAGUACCGUAAAUUAAGCAAAAAGAGAAAAAACGAUGACUAUGAUGAAGAUGAACAGCUUUUUCCAGUUUGUCUGCACAACCAUAGCUCCAGUGCAGACACCAUAUAAUGUAUAGGGCCAAAAAAAUUCUUCCUUCCUAUAUUCAGCUCUUACUGAAUAUUUGAAGUGUUGCUCUCAAUCCAAUAAGAUGGCAAAGGAAGUAACAAAGCUCCAAUAUAGGUUGCUUGGUAUGCUGAAUUAGAUUCUGUGCAGGAUACUAUGAAUUGUACUAAAGAAGACACAAAGGGGCUAUUAAAUGUUGUUUUAAAGUCAAACCAAAGUGAUUUGCAUCUACAAUCUCAAUAAUUAAAGACUAUUUGGUAGAUAAUGGAGUGAGUCUUCAAUAUGAUUUUACCUUUGUUAUAUAAAACUGGGACUGAAUUUUAAUAAAAGGCUCCCUUUUCACAGGAAGCAAAGUG